AUGAUGGACAUGGAGAUGACAAGUAGCUCAGUACCUGUCUGCAGACAAGGUCUGUUCAUCCACACAGGAAACUCCCUUAUGCGAGACCACCCACUGUCCUGUGAGAGACUGCUUCACGUCGGGCAGCUGAACUUGACCCACUCGGAUAUGAGGUCACCCAGGUUUCAAGACUCAGUAGAUUCUGCUGCUCCAUGCCUGAAUGGAAGUCACCCAGCUCAGCACAUUAAACAAGAAUGCCCGAGUGAUUAUAAGGUUCUGUCUGAGGCUUCCACACAUAGGAGGAUUACGGAGGGGAUGGAGCUGAGAGCCUCCGGUAGUCUGCAUCCUGAAAUAGACCUAAUGAAUACUAGCUUUACAAAUUCACUUUCAUCCUACUUGUUUAAUAAUGAACAUAGCUCCUCCCUGAGUCCUUUGUCACUUGGCACCCCUCAGCACUCGGCCAGGCUACAAACAAGCAACCUGAAGAAGAGAUGCAUCUCUGUUGUGCCGUCUUCAGCUGAAGGAAUUGAUAUUACAGCUAUCAUCCGCACAUCACAGACGUCACUGGUCACCUGUGUGAAUGGACUGCGAACUAAUUCAGCUGGCAUUUCCUCUCAUCCUGUGGAGAUCAGUCAACACAGUGCUCAAAAAUCCUCUCGGCCACAGUCUUGCUCUCAGCCUGGAAACCCUUGCAGUAUUCCCUCCCCUCCAGCAUGUCUUGUACCUAUUUCUGCUGAAUGUGACAGAGGUGACUGUGAGCAGAUACAAAUGCAGCAAGUCGAGGAGAAUGGAAGCCUCAGCCUUAUGAUGAAUGGUACUAACAUUCCGCAUCAAAACACCUCGCACAGCACCCAGAAGGUGAGUUUCUUAAAACAAGAACCAGCUGACGAUUAUUCCUCCACUGCUGAUCUUUUUCGACAUCACCAGGGGCUGCCUCCCCCUUACCAUCUACACCAGCAACUAAGCCAGACUGCAGGGACGCUGCCCCACUUACACACCUCUAUGUCUCCCAAGUCCCUUCAGCCCGGCGAUGGGGACGAACAGGACCUCAGCAAUGGCAAACAGGUCUGUCGGUGGAUUGACUGCAGUGCCACUUACGACCAACAAGACGAACUGGUCAGGCAUAUAGAAAAGACUCACAUUGACCAGCGGAAAGGAGAGGACUUCACUUGCUUUUGGGCAGGCUGUGUCCGCCGAUAUAAACCCUUCAAUGCUCGUUACAAACUGCUGAUUCAUAUGAGGGUUCAUUCUGGAGAAAAACCAAACAAGUGCAUGGUAAGUCUGGAAUAUAUUUGUUUGAAUAGAAACAUACUACUCUGCUCUCUUUCCUUCUUUCUCUUCAGUCUUAUUCCAAUAUAA